CAUCCAGUCAAGUCCCGGUUUCACUUUCAGUACACCACUAUCUCUGGGUUACUCACUAUUUACGAGCAUACAUUCUCCUCGGUAGUUGGCCAAGCAUCUUCAUUAUGAGCACCUUCCACAAGUUUGUAAUUUCGGGCAUGGUGGUCCUGGCUGGAGCACUCUUCGUUACUGCUGAAGACACUACUAUCAAAAUUAAGAACCCGUCUCCCCAUAAACACCAGCAGGUGUACUGCCAAGCUCCUCCCACUGCUCCUGAAAGGCUGGAAAGGAUUAUUGAACAGUGCCAGGAUGAUAUCAAAACCGCUCUUCUGCAAGAGGCACUCAACGUUCUGACUGACACAUCUCCAAGAGAUCUCGUCAAGAAGACAAGGAGCAAGAGAGAAGUUUUCUCCGGCGAAGAGAAAAGAAUAGCAGGGUGUCUGCUGCAAUGCGUGUACAGGAAAGUGAAAGCUGUUGACGACCAAGGAAUGCCCACAGUGCCAGGGCUGGUGAGACUCUACUCAGAAGGCGUCCAAGACAGGAACUACUACGUCGCCACAGUUCAGGCCGUUCAGCAAUGUGUGUCUGCAUCUCAGCAUUUCCGAUACUACAAUCCCCAAGUUCUCAAAGAAGAUGGAUACACUUGCGACCUGGCUUAUGACAUGUUCAACUGCGUGAGCGACAAGAUUGAAGCAUUCUGUGGCAGGACGCCUUGAAUCAAACUACAGCCUUCUACAACAAAAUACUACUUCCGCUGGAAAA